AGAAUCCCCUGACCCGAACAGAACGCAUCGUUCUUCUUCCCUAAUCCCUACUUGGCCGAAGCUGUUUCCAUGAGCUCUGUUGCGUGAGUGGCAACUUCAGGGAUGGUUCUCUCCAAGAAGAAGCUUAAACAGAAGCUUAGAGCAGAGUUAGCUCCAUCUCAGACCGACAAUCCGGAUUGCUCUUGCAAAAAUCUUCUUGACUCUGCAACCCUGAAAUUCCGAUUAUCAAAGAGAGAGAAGCGCAGAAAGGUUCGCUCUUUGCAACAACCCGAGACUACCCAAGGCGAUGAUGUUGAUGGUCGUGGCGUUGAUGAGAGUAAAGAAGUCGACGGAACAAAGAAGAAGAGCAAAAAGAGAAAGAGGAAGGCUGAGGACAACGAUGUGGCAAAUGGGGUUGUGAAGGAUGGGAAGAAAACGAAGAAAAAACAUGAUAAGAAGAAGAAGAAAAGGAAGAAGAAGGCCAAGACGGACAAGGACAAGGAUGCUAAUCCUGGAGAUGGAGGUGAGAAGUUGGAGGCUUCAAAGUUAACUAAGAGUAAUGGCAGUGAACAAAAUGACAAUGUUCCCACAAAAGUAUAUGUUGGAGGAAUUCCCUACUAUUCAACCGAGGACGAUAUUCGAAGCUAUUUUGAAGGCUGUGGCACAAUAACUGAAAUUGAUUGCAUGACGUUUCCUGAGACUGGCAAGUUUAGAGGGAUUGCCCUGAUCAGUUUUAAGACUGAAGCUGCUGCAAAACGAGCCUUGGCUCUUGAUGGAUCUGACAUGGGAGGACUCUUUCUUAAAAUCCAACCAUAUAAAACAACUCGAACUGUUAAAGCGUCCGAUUUCACCCCAAAACCUGUGGAGGGCUACAACAGAAUCUAUGUUGGAAAUUUGUCAUGGGACAUAACCGAGGAUCAAUUAAGGACUCUAUUCUCAAACUGCAGUGUAUCAUCCAUACGUUUUGGUAUGGACAAGGAGACAGGAGAAUUCCGAGGGUAUGCCCAUGUGGAUUUCACGGAUAGUCAGUCGGUGAAAACAGCACUUGCCCUGGACCAAAAAGUGAUGUGUGGGAGACCUGUUAGGAUAACUUGUGCAGUUCCUUUGAAGAAGCCAUGGAAACAAACAACCGAUUCGCCUGCGAGCACCCAAGUUGAUACUGAGAAGUCAGGUUCCACUGGAAGUGGCAAAAUGAAGAGGAGGACGUGCUAUGAGUGUGGUGAAAAGGGUCAUAUUUCUUCUGCAUGCCCAAAGAAAGAGAAUGUUGAUUCAAAUUCAGGCUAGAAAAUAUAGGGCUUCGAGAUUUCAUUGUAUCUUCUGAAGUUAAACUGUGUGAAAGCCAUGCAGCAAAGUAAUAUAUGUAUUUGAAAAUGUGGCUGUUAGCUUGUCUUUACCACUUUCAUUCAAUGAUUUGAGCAAAUUUUGGUGGGAAAAAUAUAUGUGCAAGAGAAUAGCAGAUAAGAAAUUUAGACGUU